CUUAACCCCCUAACGGAUGAGUGCAGUUUUGUGUUGUUGAAAAUUAGCAGUAGCAGUAGCAGGAAUGAAAUUUCUUCCUUAUCGCAGAAUUGUAGUGAAUAACUCUAACAACUUUGUGAUGGGCUCCAAAUAUUUUCUCCACAAGCCAUCCAUUACUUUACCAACAAUAUACAAGUCGAUUCCUGUACUUUUUCAAACUCAAAGACUCAUCUUUUCAGCAUUUGCUUCAAAACCCAUAUCCCCAAAUCGCGGAACUUCAAGCUUCUCAUACAGGCCUCAACGAAUUCCUCCACCAGUUUCUGGAGUAAUGCUGGAAGACCCAAAGGAGGAAAUUGCAGAGUCAGACCACGAGAAGGCACUGAAGCAGAAAUUGAGCCAGGUUGGAAUAGAUAUUGGUUCUUGUGGACCAGGCCAGUACAAUGGGUUGCUUUGUCCAAUGUGCAAAGGUGGGGCCUCAAACGAAAAGAGCUUAUCUCUCUUUAUUACUCUGGAUGGGCAUGCAGCUACAUGGACAUGCUUUCGAGCUAAAUGUGGAUGGAGAGGUGGUACACGGGCCUUUGCAGAUGUGAGGACAGCUUUUGCGGAUAUGAAAAGGAUUGGAAAAGUGAAUAAGAAGUACAGACAGAUAACUGAGGAGAGUUUGGGGCUGGAACCUUUAUGUGAUGUGUUACUCACAUACUUUUCUGAGCGAAUGAUAUCAAGAGAAACAUUGCGGAGAAAUGCUGUUAUGCAACAAAGACAUGGUGAUCAGGUUGUUAUUGCAUUUACGUAUCGGAGGGAUGGAGCACUUGUGAGCUGUAAGUACCGGAACAUGACCAAAAAGUUUUGGCAGGAAGCUGAUACUUUAAAAAUAUUCUAUGGUCUCGACGAUAUAAAGGGAGCAAGUGAUAUCAUCAUUGUUGAGGGUGAGAUGGACAAGCUUGCUAUGGAAGAAGCAGGCUUUCGGAAUUGUGUGAGCGUUCCAGAUGGCGCUCCUCCAUCUAUUUCAGAUAAAGAUUUGCCGCCUGUAGAUAAGGACACAAAGUAUCAGUAUCUUUGGAACUGCAAAGAAUAUUUGGAAAAGGCAUCUCGCAUAAUACUGGCAACUGAUGGGGAUCCACCUGGUCAAGCAUUAGCUGAAGAGCUUGCCCGCCGGUUAGGGAGAGAAAGGUGCUGGCGAAUUACAUGGCCAAAAAAGAGCACUAUAGACCACUUCAAAGAUGCAAAUGAGGUACUUAUGUGUCUGGGGCCGGGUGCUCUGAGGGAGGUUAUUGAAGGUGCAGAGCUGUACCCGAUACAAGGAUUAUUCGACUUUAAAAAUUACUUUACUGAGAUUGAUGCAUAUUAUCACCAAACAAUUGGCUACGAGCUUGGGGUUCCAACUGGAUGGAGGUCCUUAAAUCAACUAUACAAUGUUGUGCCUGGAGAGUUGACUAUUGUUACAGGAGUCCCAAACUCGGGGAAGAGUGAGUGGAUUGAUGCUCUUUUAUGCAAUCUCAAUCACAGUGUUGGCUGGAAAUUUGCACUUUGUUCUAUGGAAAACAGGGUACGGGAGCAUGCUAGGAAACUUUUGGAGAAGCACAUAAAGAAACCUUUUUUUGAUGUGAGAUAUGGGGAAUCUGUUGAACGGAUGAGCGCUCAGGAGUUUGAAGAGGGAAAGCAAUGGCUCAGUGAUACAUUUUUCCUCAUAAGGUGUGAGAAUGAUUGCCUACCGAAUAUUGACUGGGUUCUCUCGCUUGCAAAAGCUGCAGUUUUAAGACAUGGGGUGAAUGGACUUGUAAUUGACCCAUACAAUGAACUUGAUCAUCAACGUCCUUCAAGCCAGACCGAAACAGAGUAUGUCAGCCAGAUGCUGACGAAGAUAAAACGGUUUGCACAACACCAUUCCUGUCAUGUUUGGUUUGUUGCACAUCCGAGACAGUUGCAUCAUUGGGUAGGAGGUCCUCCAAAUCUGUACGAUAUUAGUGGAAGUGCACACUUCAUAAACAAAUGUGACAAUGGUAUUGUUAUUCAUCGAAACAGAGACCCUUCAGCUGGCCCCGUGGAUCAAGUGCAGGUUUGUGUAAGAAAGGUACGGAAUAAAGUUAGUGGAACAAUUGGUGAUGCCUUCUUAUCAUAUGACAGGGUUACUGGUGAAUUCAUGGACAUUGAUGAGCACCCAAGGAAAGGCUAGCUAGCUAAUUCUGGAUAUUCUUCCUUUGUACAUAAGGGGAAUGAUACUCGACUUUUGAUGACUGAUCACAGUGCUCCUAGAAGAAGUUUGGAGCCAUAUUGUGUGGAAAAUCAGGCAGAAAAAUCUCAGUGGUUGGCAUACAUAUGUGUGGUGGAGGCGUGGAGCAUUGUGCCUAGUGAAGUUCUUCGCUUUAGCGGCUCUUGUAAGAUAAGGUAACAAGCAACUAUUAAGCUUAGAACAUCCAUUUUCUUAGGGCGGCGGUGUUGGAAGCUUUAAAAUUUACCUCUUGUUGAAUUGUUCAGUAAGUGUGCUUGAUUCCUGGCAGAUUAAAUUAGUCUGAUAGUGCUUAGGUGAUCAAAUGUCAUGUUCUCAAGUUACACUUGUUUUAGUGGUGGCUUAUUGGUUCUGUUAAGUUGUAAAAUUAAUUGGGUUGAUCCCAAUAGGAAAUAUUAAUGAUUGAUUGUAGGCAUCCUUCUCUCACAGAUAUUAUUGGCUUUGCCUAUGUAUUCACUAUAUUAAUAUU